UGAUUAUUUCCGGUCGCGUCAGCGUCAGCACAUAUAUAAAACUCUGGGUAUUAAUUAACCUCAGAUUACUUACCUUCAGUAACUUUUGUGACAAUACUUCGCAAACAUUCAAACGAAUUAAGUUCUGGUUUAGCUGUGACUGAUGGCUGCCGCAAGAUUAUCGAUGCUCGAUAGAGCGCAAACUUUCCCUCGUAUCAACAAACCAAUUACCACGAACCGGUCCGAGGCAUGGAUGACCGCGGAUGUCAGCCCAUACUCUCAGGUGGAGCAGAAACGAGUUUGCUACCCGGCCCUAGAACCAUGGUGUUCGCGGGACGGGGAACGGAACCUGGGUAGCGAACAUGAGGCCACAAUCAAAGAUUUGAAAGCAAAAGAUGGCUUUCUAGGGUUAGGGCUGAAGUUAAGAGAGAGGUGGUCAAUUAAAUUCGAGGGGGCCAAUAGGCGAAUGGAAGGCUCUGAGACCGCUGCCGUACCGACGAUUAUGGUGGUGGCUUGGGACGAGAACGAUCGAGAUUAUGAAGUUGAGGACGAGGAUUUGUGGACGCAAGCAUGCGGAGAUAUGGUGACGUUUUUGAGAGAAAAUGGUGUUGCUUAUUUUGGGGUAGAGAUCAUCUAUUGGGAUAAGCUGGAUUAUCAAGUUGUGUCUUGACGUAAAUCGAUAUGCCCGGGCGAUGAGGUGAAGUUAUACGCAUGAUUUUAGGGAGCGAUGGAGGAUUAGCGAAGAAUGAGGGAACCUUGAAGAGUGUUAGCAGGCCAGCAUCGGACUUAUUUUCCGGCAAGAUCAAGAUCAAGAUCAUUAAAGUUUUGAUAUCCUCGAGGAAGGGACGGACAAUAAUUCAUAAUG